AUGAGUCAUUCUUGCGUGUUGAUCCCUCCCGCGGCGUGCGACGACUCCACGGCCGCUCUUGCUGCGCCGCUUCUCCCCACCGCCUCUCGGGCCGGCGGCAAGGAGUGCUCCGGCGCAGAGCCGGCGAGCGCAGCCGCGGGCGGCGGCGGCGGCGGGCACGGGGAAAAGCGAGGGUUGAAGCGAUCGCUGAAUGUCGUCGAUGGCGUCUGCAUGGUGCUGGGAGUGGUGGUGGGCAGCGGCAUAUUCGCCACGCCAGGCGUCGUGCUCCUUGAUUCCGGAGGCGCGCCGAUUUCCGCGCUCAUCGUGUGGCUCUGCGCGGGCAUCGUCGCCUACUCGUGCUGCGAGGUGUACGCUGAGCUGGGCAGCUCCAUACCGCACGCGGGCGGCGACGGGGAGUACAUCCAGCUGGCGUUCGGAGAUCUGCUCUCGUUUGUCUUCAUGUGGAUGUUCUUUUUCGUCUCUACUGGCGGCGGCAUCGCCAUCCUUAUAGUCACAUUCGCCCGAUACACCAUUGCUCUGCUCCCGGGCAUGCAGGGAGCCAGUGAGGAGCAAAUGGAGAUGGGCGUGCGAAUCAUCGGCUGCUCCUUCACUCUCCUCCUCACGGCUAUCAACUGUGCCGGGGUGAAGGCAGGCGCGUUGGUGCAGAACAUACUGACAGUCACCAAGGCGCUCCUAAUAGCUGCGGUUGUGGCCUGCGCGCCCAUCUUCAUCUCCCUCCACGGCACGUCUGUAGCCGCUACAAACUUCUCCCAGCCGCUCCCACCCCUCUCCGGCUACAACUGGAGCCGGGCCGGGGCCGGCCUGGUGGCUGCCGUCUGGGCCUUUGACGGCUGGAAUUGCCUGGGAUAUCUAUCAGAAGAGCUCAAGAACCCAAAGAGGGACCUCCCUCGCUCGCUCUCCUUUGGCAUGCUCACUGCCGUUGGCAUCUCCGUACGGAAAUCGGAAGUGGUAGCGGUAGAGGCAGUCAACGUUGUGUUUGGCACUCCCUCCGGUCACUCUUCAUCCCCUUCCUGCCCUUACUCACUCGUCUCUAUUCCCCUCCCCAUUGAUCCCACCUUAGCCGUGGGCAAGUCGGAAGUGGUGGCGGUAGAAGCGGUGGAAGCAGUGUUUGGUCCUCAUUCCGGUCGUUUCAUUGCCUUCCUGGUUGCUCUCAACGUGCUCGGCGCUGCCAACGCCACCCUUUUGUGUCACGCGCGUUUCUUUUACGCCAAGGCAAGGGACGGCCAGCUGUUCUCGUUUCUCAGUGCAGUCACUUCUGGAGGAGCUCCCUACGCUUCACUCCUUGCCACUUUUAUCGACUACUUUGGCAUCGCUGCGUGGAUAUUCCACGGCCUCGUGGGGGCGUCCCUCAUCAAGCUGCGAUGGGACCUUCCCGACCCGCCUUUCCUCUGUUCCCGCAUUCCCCUUCCCCCACCCCUUCGUUCCAUCCAUCCUCAGCUGAUUGACUAUUUCGGCAUCGCUGCAUGGAUGUUCUACGGCCUCGUGGGGGCAUCGCUCAUCAAGCUGCGCUGGGACCUGCCGGACCUGCCUCGCCCCUACAAGGCCAGCCUGUACCCGCUUCCAGGCGUCAUCGUCGUCGUUGUAUCCACGUAA